AAAACCACUUUUUGCUACACCAUUGCAACAACAUUGUCAUGGCACAACUGCCCCCAAUGGCUAUCAUGGACUUCGUUCAAAGAUUCCAGUCUCUGCAGGUUCAGCGAGACAACUCCGACGAGUUAAUAAAGGUAGGUCCCAGUCCAGUCCACGUUCAGGCUACUGCACAUACAUUUGCAGACCGAGCUAUUCUUUGCUAUUGCCUAUGGGAAUUCGUUCGUGACUUCGAUAGGAUUUAUUGAUUUACUGUGAACACGUUGAAAGCCAGUUACGACACGAAAAUGCUCGCCUCUCUGGGGAGCUCACAGACGCUCAGUUGGAUCUCGACGACGCUCGACGCUCGAGAAGAGAUCUGCAGACCAAGUUGAAUGAGGCUCAGCAACGCAUGGGCCAAUACUGCGUUGAUGUGGAAUCUAUGAGGGUAUGCAGUUGUUGAGUCUGCUGCCUCCUGCUAAUGUCUGCAGAAUCGAAAUCCUUAUGUUAUGGUCUUGAUUGAUGGAGAUGGCAUGAUCUUCAACGAAGCUCUCAUUCGUCUUGGUAUCGAAGGAGGAAAGCAAGCAGCGACACAACUUCGAAAUACCAUCCUCGAGAAUUGUCCUGAUG